AUGUCUGCUUCUGCUUCUACUUCUACUGCACCCUUAACGCCUCAGCUAGAACACUUCCUCAAGCCCAUACAUAUCGAUGUCGCAAAGGCCCACGUGCUCGCCCGCGAGCUAUACCACACCUUCCGUCACCUGGCUGCCGAGUCCCUCACCCAGUUUCUGCCUACACCUAUAUCCGAAUCCAUCUUACGCCCAACUGGGGGCUGCGAGAGAGGGCGCGGCGGGACGAAUUUAAGGGUUGGAUUCAUCGAGCUUUUGGGUAGCGAAAGUGCUCCUAUCAGUAACGGCAUCACGUCCAACGGGACCCAUUCCGAUCAUCGGACGCCAUCUAAUCUCCGCCGAGUCUUAGAGCAAUCAUGGCCAAUCCAAGAGACACUCAAGAACGAGAACCCCGACUCUCUGUUUGCCUGGAUCGGUAAUUGCAUCGCCCAGGUUGUAAGGGAUGGGGUCAAAGCCUUUGGUUUGGACCGACACAAUGAGCUUCCGAUGGGGGUGACCUUUAGCUUCCCCAUCGUGCAGGAGACGCUAUCAGAUGCCAUUAUUAUGGCGAUGGGGAAAGGUUUCGCUAUCAACUCCAAGCUGGACCUUGGAACCCUUCUAGUGAACGGUUACGAAAAGUCAAAACCUUCUGACCUACCGCCCAUCAAAGUGGUUGCCAUUCUGAAUGAUGCCGUCGCAACUCUGGUUUCUUUCAUCUAUCAGUUUCGGGAAGAUAGCCGAAAUAAAGCAGCGAUGGGCCUCAUAUGUGGAACAGGUACCAAUGCUACAAUUCCUCUAAGACAAAGCACCCUCAACCCUCAAAAACUGCCCAAAACGAUAACAGUUAGAGCGGAAGACAAGGUUGAAGAUGUCAAGGUUGCCGUCAAUACCGAAUGGAGCAUCAGCGGCGCCGCUCCACCUCUGCGAAAGCUCGAUUUGAUUAGCAAAUGGGAUAUCCAGCUUGAUGUUGCCACGGAAGCACCUGGGUUUCAGCCCUUUGAGUACAUGACAUCAGGGAGAUAUCUAGGUGAACUGGCACGUCUCAUGUUUCUGGACUACUUGAAGUCUCAUCUCGACCUAUCGGAAGAGAAUCUGCCCACACAAUUUCAUUAUCAGCCGCCGCAUCCACCCACACUCCUGCGCAAGCUCGAAGUGGAAUUCCCACCGACUACGUCUCGACAGCCCAUGGAGUGGAGCGAAGAGAGCGCGAUAGCAUUAUAUCAUAUCGCCAAAGCGAUUGAAGUCAGGGCUGCAGCGCUUGUCGCGGCCGCCAUUAUAGGGUUGCUUGCUUGUGCUGACGACAUACCGUUCUCAGAGUCGUUAGAAGGAAAACAAGAAGACAAAAUGAACCAGCAGCGACGACCUACAGCAAACGGGGGCAUUGAAGAAAAGAUGAAUCUAGUGGUAGGGUAUACUGGUGGUUGCAUAGUCCACUUCCAGAACUACCUCGCCGACUGCCAAUCGUUCCUGGAUGCGAUUAUCGAUGCAGAGUUUGGUGGCGGUGGAGGCCACAGUCACACCCCCCCUGUCCAAGUGACAUUGAGCCCCUGCCACGACGGAGGCAUAACCGGAGCCGGCGUUCUAUGCGAGCACGAUGACGCACAACCCGGGCAUCAGCAGCGGUAUGAUACCGUUGCACCGGACGUUGAUCGGGAUGAUGACGAUGCGGGGAAAGAUGACUGUAGGAGUGACAGCGCAGAGCGAGACGCGUUACUGCUGCUCGCUGAGGAAGAAGAGAAUCCCGCGACGAACCUCCUUGCUCCUGGACCGUUGAAACCUGUGCCAAGGGAGUGUAUACUCGGACAUGGCAAUGGAGAUGGUGAUGGAGGGGAUUUGGAAGACGGCGCGAAUAAUAGUAGGACGGCGGAUCAUGGUAGGGAUGCGGAGGGGGAGCGCGAAGGGGAUAGCGAGCGGCCGAGUUUUCUGAUUCAUACCCAGCCGCGACGCUUCCAUGUGCUCUUCGCGGGCAUCAUGCUCACGUUCUUCCUUGCGAACUUCGACGGCACGAUCAUGGCUUCGUCGCAUCCGGUUAUCACGUCGCAUUUUCAUGCGUCGAAUAUGGCCUCCUGGCUCACCACAGCCUUCCUAUUGACGGCGACGGCGUUCCAGCCGCUCGUGGGCAGCCUGUCGGAUACGGUGGGACGCAAGCCGCUGUACCUCGUCACGAUGGCCGUGUUCGCGGGCUCGACGGCGUGGUGCGCGCUCGCGCAGUCCAUCGGGAGUUUCAUCGCUGCGCGCGCGGUGUGCGGGUUCGGCGCUGGUGGGAUGAUGACCAUGGGGGCUAUUUCUAUUAGUGAUUGUGUGCCGAUUGAGCAACGAGGUACCUACCAAAGCAUCAUCAACGUCGUCUACGGACUCGCAGCAGCCUCAGGCGCUGCGUUUGGCGGUGCCUUGGCCGACACGCUGGGAUGGCGCUGGGAGUUCGGUGUCCAAGUCCCUUUCCUGGUGUUAUGCCUAGUGAUCGCUUUCUUGAGCAUGCCGGCCGAUCUGGGCCUGCAAAGUGGGCGGGAGAAGCAGACACUCUGGCAAGCUCUGCGCGGCUUCGAUUUCGCGGGCUCGGCGCUGUUGACUAUGUCGACGACUUUUCUAAUCUUGGGACUGAAUCUUGGUGGUAAUAUCCUGCCGUGGUCCCAUCCGUUCAUCAUCUCCUCCUUGAUCGUAUUCACCGUGUGCUUCCCAUCAUGUAUAUACGUCGAAAGCCGCGCGGCGCGACCCAUCAUGCCCCUUGUGCUCCUCCACAGCACGCCGCGAGCAAACAUGAUAUUCUCAAACUUCCUGGCCUCUUUCCUCAUGAGCGCCAUAUUAUUCAACGCCCCCCUUUUCUUCCGCGCCGUGCUUCUAACAUCCGCCACGCAAUCCGGGCUGUACCUCGCUGUGCCAACUGUCGCAGCCUCGAUGACGGGCACAAUAACAGGCAUCCUGAUCACAAAAACAGGACGUCUGAAAUGGCCCUUGCUGAGUGGCACGACCCUCUUAUUCCUGGGCACGUUCCUGCUGUGCUUCAUGCGUCGCGGCUGGCCGACGUGGGCCUACGUGCUCUGUCUGGUGCCGGCGUGCGUGGGCCAGGGUUUCCAGUUCCCGGGGACCUUCAUCGCCGUUCUCGCGGCGUCGGCGCAGCGCGAGCAAGCCGUCGUCACCAGCACGCUACAGCUCUGGCGGGCGCUUGGCAGCGUCCUCGGCGUGGCCUCUUCUAGCCUCGUCUUGCAGAACGCGCUCUUGCGGUAUCUCGUUGCGUACGUCUCUGUCCCCGACGGCAGCGGCGAGGCGGGGGAGGAGUGGAAGAGGCGGUUUAUCGAGCACGUUCGGAGUACUAUCGAGGCUGUGUCCGAGUUGCCUGACGGCGAGGCUAAGAACGAGGUUAUUCUCAGCUAUGCGGAUGCUUGCAGGGCGACGUUUUGGGUGUGCUUGGUCUUUGCAUUUCUGAAUCUGUUGUUGGUUUUGCCCAUUAAAUUACCACGUCUAGGUAAGAAAUAG